AUGACCCGCCCCUCCCCCGCCGAACGGCCGUUGGAGCCCAACCCUCCGCGCUCGCGCAUGCGCUCCUGUCUUCCGGAGCCCCAGCAGAUGCCGGGAGCCGUUGGAAGACGAGGGACCGCGUGCCCGAGAGCCCCGCCCCAGUGGGCGUGCGCAGGCGUGCGCAGGCGUGCAGGCGCGGGGCGCGCGGGCCUAGGAGGUCUCUGCCGGAGAGGAGAGGAGAGAAAUGGAGGGUCGGGCCCGCUGCGGAACUUCUCUGACGACGCUCCUCGCCGGGAACCUUCCCCAGUGCUUCGAUCCCUGGCCCGCCUGAAGCCCACCAUGAAGCUGGAGGAGGGACUGUGCAGGGCCGUGCAGGAAUGGCAGCGCAAAAGCGACAUUGACCGGAAGAUCCACUACAAGAUGGAGGAAAAGUUCAUGGAGUUUGAGGCCGAGGAGGAGAUGCAGGUUCAGCAGUUGCAGUGGAUGCAGUGCACGCAGGGCCUGCCUCCUCCAGCCCCACCGAAGCUGGAUCCUCCGGGGCCCCCAGCCCCGAAAGUGGGCCUUCAGCCAGCCACCCAGGUUCCCACUGGAGUUGAAGGCACAGGUGGUCCUGACCCCCCUACACCCACAUCAAUGUCCCCCAACAAUGCCCUCACCAGCGUGCGCUCGGUGGUCAGGAGGUGGACCGGGGGCCCCUCACCUUCCUUCCCUUCCUCCUGCUCCGCCUCAGCCUGUGCUCCCGGGAUGUCCGGCCCCAGGGCCCAGCCCUCCCGCCCGAAGCCACACAGGUCCCAGCGACCCCCGGAGCCCAAGGCACCCGAGGAGAUUCCCCCUGAGGCUGUGAGGGAGUAUAUGGACAUCAUGGAGGCGCUGGUGGGGCCCGUCCACUCAGCCACAGGCGACUCAGAUGCAGAAUGGGGAGAGGGCGGAAAUGAGCUGCAGCAGGAAGAGGACGGCACCUACUCGGACCCGGAUCUCUUGAGCUACAUUGACAAGCUGUGUUCCCAGGAGGACUUUGUCACCAAGGUGGAGGCAGUCAUUCACCCUCGAUUCCUGGCAGAUUUGCUUUCCCCAGACCCACAGCUGGAUCUCUUGGCCCUAGAGAAGGAGCUGGAGCAGGAGGAAGGGCUCACCCCCGAAGAACUGGUGCAGAAACGACUCCUGGCCUUGAAAGAGGACGAGGGUGUGCGGGCAGCCCCGAGUCACAGUGCACCCGGAAUGGGCUCAAGUCCUUCUGAGUCUGACGCCGGCCAAGGUGCCCAGAGGCACGACCAAGACCCCCAUCUAGCGGGUCAAAGGCACACUGGCCCUCUACAGGGACCCAGGGAUGCCUCUGUUCUCAGAGAGGCCUCUCCUGUUCGGGAGGCCCGAGGGCCCAGGAACGGGGAGGAGCUCUCCAGCCUGGCCUUCCUCUCUGGCUCUCUGCAGAGCCUGCUUCCUUUCUGGCUGUCCCAGAGUCCUGUGCGUGCCUCAGGCCUGGCCUCCCCUGGAGGUUGGGGGGCCCAGAGUGCUCCCCAGGCCCCCUCCCCUCAGAGAAGAAGCCUCAGCCCAGCUCCACCAGCCGCUCCCAAGUCGAGGAAGUGGGCUCUGUGUGGACGCCCAGCCGCUGCUGAGAAGCUGCCCAUCCCCGGGGCUGGCCUCGGCGUCUCUGGGAGGCCAGCCUUGGCUCUGGGGCUGGCUUGCCCGUCACAGCCCAGAAAGAGAAAGCGUGACCCGUUUGUCACAGAGAAGCGUGGGUGGAGGAAGAAGAAGCCCUGCAGCCAGUAG